AUGCGCUACACCGAUAUCCUCGCCCUGGCCAUGGGCAAUGUGGUCGCCGCUCAGGGAUUCACAACCACUCGCUUUGCCAACACCACCACUGCAGGUUUCGAGACUGAGACUGCCACUUCUGGUACCGCUACCAUUGGCACUGAGACCACUGGCACUGAGACCACUGCUGCUUCCACCAGCACUGCUGCUGGAGGCAUCGGAAACCCAGAUGGCUUCAACUUCCUUGGCUGCUUCUCCGACAAUGGUUUCCCCGGAUUCUCCCUGGCCUACUCCAGCGAGGAAAACGAUGCCGACGAAUGUGCUGAGGCAUGUGCUGGCUCCAACUACUUCGGUUUGAAUGAUGAGAGCUGUUACUGCAGCAGCGAGUUUGACUUUGCGUCAGCCACCGCUGUUAGCAGCGAUCAGUGUGACAUUAUCUGCCCUGGUGAUGACUCAGUCAACUGUGGUGGCCGCACCUCCAACUCUCGAAUCAUGCGCCGCCAGAGCAUCGACAUCGACAUUCUCCUCUCCAUCUACAUCGCCAUCGGUGUCAACCCCGGUGAAACCGAGACCGUUGUCAACACCGACUUCAUCACUGAGACUCUGCCUGCUUCCACCACCACAGCUACCGUUACCUUCACCGAGAGUGGCGAGGUUGCCACCAAGACCGUCACAACUGUUCUGCCUGUCAUCCCUACCAGUGUUAUCAUUAUCUGCUACGGUAACUACUGUGCUCCUCAAGUCCACUGCCCUACCUGCACCAAGUGGCAGGUGGUUUGCGAGGACAACCUUUGUGCGCCUCGCGAAUGUUACGACGACACAUGGAACAAGCUCAAGAUCUGCAAGAACGGUAGCUGCUACUACUCUGACUACAAGAACGAGGAGUGCAACCAGAAGAUCACCUGCCACGGAUCUAGCUGCAAGAUUGACUAUUCCGUUGACUACGCCCGCAAGUUUGUCUGUGACGUUGAGGAGGAUCGCUACUACUUCGACCAGUGCAAGGACGACUGCUACAGCUACGAGAAGUGCUCUCACGGAGAGUGCGAGCCCGUUCACCCUCCUGUCAGCCCUCCCAAGCCCGUCCACCCCCCUAAGCCUAUCACCCCUGGCAAGCCUCCUGUUGUUGUUGUUCCUGAGCCUAAGCCCGAGCACCCCGUCAAGCCUGAGCACCCCGUCAAGCCUGAGCACCCAGUCAAGCCUGAGCACCCCGUCAAGCCUGAGCACCCAGUCAAGCCUGAGCACCCCGUCAAGCCUGAGCACCCCGUCGAGCCUGAGCACCCUGCUCCUCCUGCUGAGCAACCUGAGCACCCUGCUCCUCCUGCCAAGCAGCCCGAGACUGAGCACCCUGAGACCGGAAAGCCCGAGGUUCCUGUUGUCACCGCUGGUGCUGCCAAGUCCUUCGCCGGCUUGGCCGCUGCCAUUGCUGGUUUCGCUUUCGUCCUGUAG